AUGCCAGCCUCAUCUCCUUCCUUUCCGGUCCCCAGAGGGCCCCCGGGAGACAUGGGGGGCCGGGGCCGAGAGCCGGCACUCUCGGUUGCCCUCUGGUUGAGUUGGGGGGCGGCCCUGGGGGCUGUGGCUUGUGCCACGGCUCUGCUGAUCCAGCAAACAGAGCUGCAAAUCCUGAGAAGAGAGGUGGCCCAGCUGCGGAGGACCGGAGGGCCCUCUGGCAGGGGGGAAGGGCAUCCGUGGCUGAGCCUCCAGGAGCAGGGCCCCAAUAGCCCGGAAACCCCGGAGAACGGGGAGAGAUCCCGGCGGAGGAGAGCAGUGCUCGCCCAUAAACAGAAGAAGAGGCACUCGGUGCUGCAUCUUGUCCCUGUUAACAUGACCUCCAAGGAGGACUCCGAUGUGACAGAGCUGAUGUGGCAGCCAGCUCUGAAGCGUGGGAGAGGUCUGGAGGCCCAAGGAUACGUUGUUCGCGUCUGGGAUGCUGGAGUGUAUCUGCUCUAUAGCCAGGUCCUGUUUCACGAUGUGACUUUCACCAUGGGUCAAGUGGUGUCUCGGGAGGGCCAGGGAAAGCAAGAGACGCUAUUCCGAUGUAUACGAAGUAUGCCCUCCAACCCAGACUGGGCCUACAAUAGCUGCUACAGUGCAGGUGUCUUCCAUUUACACCAAGGGGAUGUUCUGAGUGUCACAGUCCCCCGAGCAAGGGCAAAACUCAGCCUCUCUCCGCAUGGAACCUUCCUGGGGUUUGUGAAACUGUGA